AUGCUCUUCAAGGUUGAUUUCGAAAGAGCAUUUGACACUGUGAAUUGGGGCAUUUUGGAACGUAUGAUGGUUAAGAUGGGCUUCAGCGAAGGUUGGUUAAAGUGGAUGCGAGCUUGGAUCUUUGAGAGUUUGAUGUCAAUUUUAGUUAAUGGAAGCCCAACUGAGGACUACAAGGUUGGCAGAG